AUGGUAAAAGAAUACAAGUUGGUCGUUGUCGGCGGCGGUGGUGUCGGAAAAUCGGCUCUUACCAUCCAGCUUAUCCAGUCCCACUUUGUGGAUGAAUACGACCCUACCAUCGAGGACUCGUACCGUAAGCAGUGCACGGUCGACAACGAGCAGGUGGUGUUGGAUAUCUUGGACACCGCCGGCCAGGAGGAGUACCUGGCCAUGAGAGAGCAGUACAUGAGAACCGGCGAGGGUUUCUUGUUGGUGUACGCGAUCAACUCUAGAAACUCCAUUGAGGAAUUACAGACCUUCUACGAGCAGAUCCAGCGUGUCAAGGACUCCGACAAUGUGCCCGUGUUGAUUGUCGGCAACAAGUCCGAUUUGGAGAUUGAGAGACAGGUGAGCUACGAGGAAGGUGCCGAGUUCGCCAAGGCCUUGAACUGCCCCUUCUUAGAGACGUCGGCCAAGCAGAGAAUCAACGUCGAGGAGGCCUUCUACGGGUUGGUGCGCUCCAUCAACGAAAAGACCGCUCCCGCCAGUCCACCAGCUGAGCCUGCUGCAGCCCCAGAGGCUGCUGACGACUCCACGCCAGCUAACACCGACGCUGUCCAGGCGUCCAAGGCUGAAGACAGCAAGCCUGCGCAGCCCAGCAAACCAGCGGCCGCCUCUGAGAGGAGAACCGCCCAGAGCCUGUCCCAGGCGCAGCAGCCCAAGGAAAAGAGCGGCUGCUGUGUGAUUGUGUAA